AUGCAGCUCCCUCGCAUCGCAUCCUUCGUCUUCGCCCUCGCCCUCGGCGCCUCCAGCGUCGUCGCUUUGCCAUCCCCCAACGGCGGCAAGCGUGAUGUAAUUACCAGUAUCGAGGGUAUCCUGACCACCAUGGAGGGCGAUGUCACCACAGCCCUCACUGAAAUCAACAACCUCGUUAGCACUGGUGAGGCUACUGUUGCCUCGGUUGGAACAGAGAUUAGCAACAUCGUCACCACCGUCGAGACCGCCACGACUGACAUCGCCAGCUUGGCUGGUGACCUCAAGAAGAGGCAGGUUGACAUUGGCACCAUCGUCACGGAACUUACCACCCUCAUCACGGACCUGGCCACAACCCUCGCGAGUGUUCCGGCCUCGACUCUAUCUGAAGUUACCGGCACUGUGACGUCCCUCGACACCGCUCUUACCGGCCUCUUGACCUCCGUGAACACCGAGGCUACUGGAGUCCUCUCUAGCGUCGCCAGCACCAUCACGUCCACGAUCACUAGCACCCUGAGCGGUCUCGGUCUUGGCUCCGUCGUCGGUACCCUGGGCUUGUAA